GUGGGCUCGGAGGCGCGCGGAGAGGUGGGGUGGCGCGGUUCUUGUUCUCUCAGGUAUGCAAAGAAGCCUCUUUACACAGAUGUCCUUUGAGGUAGCAUGGAUCAGUCCGGAGUUCUCCUUUGGGUGAAAGCAGAACCAUUUAUAGUGGGUGCCUUACAGGUGCCUCCUCCGUCUAAGUUCAGCCUUCACUAUCUCAGGAAGAUAUCCACCUAUGUGCGAACCCGGGCCACAGAGGGUGCUUUCCCACGGCUCUACUGGUCCACAUGGAGGCACAUUGCAUGUGGGAAACUGCAGUUGGCUAAGGAUCUGGCAUGGCUUUACUUUGAAAUUUUUGAUAAUCUUGUGGAAAGGACACCGGAAGAGCGCUUGGAAUGGUCUGAGAUUAUGUCCAACUGCAUGUCUGAGGAUGAAGUUGAAAAGCAGAGAAAUCAGCUUUCAGUGGACACCCUACAGUUUCUGCUCUUCUUAUAUAUACAGCAGUUAAACAAGGUGUCUCUCAGGACAUCUUUGAUUGGGGAAGAGUGGCCUAGUCCCAGAAACAGAUCUCAGUCCCCUGAUGUGACUGGCAAAUCCAGUUGUCAUAAUAAGAACUGGAAUGAUUACAGUCACCAAGCUUUUGUCUAUGAUCACCUGUCAGAUCUCCUUGAGUUGCUUUUAGAUCCAGAACAACUCACUGCAUCAUUUCAUUCGGCCCAUAGUAGCCUAGUCUCUCAAGAAGCUGUUGAGGCACUCAGCUUUCUUCUUGAAGGUACAGUGAGCAAAGCCAGGAAGAUCUAUCCACUUCAUGAACUUGCUCUCUGGCAGCCACUUCAUUCAGAGAGUGGCUUCUCAAAGAUCUCUAAGGCCUUCUCCUUCUACAAACUGGAAGCCUGGUUGAGAGCCUGCUUGACUGAGAAUCCAUUUGGUACUACUGCUUGUCUCAAGUCUGGAAAGAAAUUGGCUUGGGCUCAUCAAGUUGAAGGGACGACCAAAAGAGCUAAGAUUGCUUGUAAUACUCAUGUGGCCCCUAGGAUGCACCGCAUGGUGGUGAUGAGCCAGGUUUACAAGCAGACAUUGGCCAAGAGCUCAGAUACUCUGGUGGGGGCACAUAUAAAGAUUCAUCGUUGCAAUGAAUCUUUCAUUUAUCUGCUCUCUCCCCUACGAUCUGUGACAAUUGAGAAGUGCAGGAAUAGCACCUUUGUCUUGGGCCCUGUACAGACCGUUCUUCACCUCCACAGCUGUGACAAUGUGAAAGUUAUUGCUGUUUGCCAUCGUCUGUCCAUCUCAUCUACAGCAGGUUGCACCUUUCACAUUCUGACGCCUACACACCCACUUAUUCUCUCUGGAAACCAGACAGUAACCUUUGCUCCUUUUCACACCCAUUACCCAAUGCUGGAGGACCAUAUGGCCAGGACUGGCAUUGCUACAGUGCCUAACUAUUGGGAUAACCCAAUGAUUGUGUGCAGAGAGAACAGUGACACAAGUGUCUUCCGACUCUUGCCACCUUGUGAAUUCUAUGUAUUUAUUAUUCCUUUUGAAAUGGAAGGGGACACCACAGAGAUACCUGGGGGUCUUCCAUCUACAUAUCAGAAAGCACUAGGUCAAAGAGAGCAGAAGAUACAAAUUUGGCAGAAAACAGUGAAGGAGGCUCGUUUGACAAAGGACCAAAGGAAGCAGUUCCAGGUACUCGUGGAGAACAAGUUCUAUGAAUGGUUGAUUCAUACAGGGCAUCGCCAACAGCUGGACAGCCUUGUGCCCCCUGCAGCAGGCUCCAAACAAGCUGCAGGAUAGGACUUCUAUUUCAAAACACUUGUGCCGUGGAAGCAUGAGGAUGAAUGGAAGAUGGUACCUGUCUUGAAACUAAAUUGGGAAGGCAUUUUCUUCCUGCAUAAGAGAUUUUGGGGCUUUAUCUCCGUAUUUAUGACCUUUCCAUGAUUACCAUCCCUUAUUCAUUUAUAGGUUGAGUUUUAGCUAAACUUCUCACUAUCAUAUAAACAUGUUGUUUAUAGAACAGCAGAAAGCUCAAUUUUGGCUCAAUGCCAAAAUGAAAAAGUUGUUUAAGGCAGGCCUGUAUUUUAUUAAUAUAUUAAUAUUAAAGUGAUUGUAGAUUUUAAUUGUGUGAAAGAGUUUUAUCCUUUUUAAGGUUAAAUAAGAGUUUUAUAGUUCUUUGUAGCUAUUUAAAAGGAUAUUGUUACUCCUUUAAAAAAAUAACUAGAGUGAACCUGCGAUUUGUUGAUGAAUAAAUAUAGCAGACAUAGUUUUAUACAAAAGAUAUUUUAGCCCUUAAAGUAUCAAACUUAAUGAACUUGUGUAAAAAUAAACUUUAUUUUCCAUUUUCUGCUUCAAAUUUUAAUAAGCAAAUUCUAAAAAGUAAUUUUCUCCUUUUGCUAAAAAGAUAAAGCUUUACAUUUAAUUUUAGAAGAAAUUUCCAACACCGUUUUGUGAUGUUACACCAUUUAAAAUAAUGUUUAUAUUUUAUUGGGAAUGCCCUGUUGUUUAAGGAAAAGGAAAGCAGUUAUCAAAGUAGUGAAAUAAAUUUGAUUCCUGAUAAACAUUGUUUCAUAUGCUCAUUGGUCCAUUUAAUUAGUCAUUAUAUCAAAAAAGUCUUGAUCUUUUAUAUUUGCAUGGUGAAAAUUUAUGCUCAGAAUAUGAGUUUGUUAAUUCUAAUUGAGAUUUUCAUAGUUUUUAUUUUAAGAUAAAAUUAAAGCAGACAUAACAUGACCAGUUAAAGAAAUGGAGUUAUGGAAGUGCAUUUUGGAAAUUGUUAUUGGUUGAUGAAAGUAAUGGUAUUAAUCAGAUUCUUUCUUUAUAGUUUAUUGUACGUAAAGUUUAGGGAGGUUUAUUGCAAGGAAUUGACUUAUGUGAUUGUGAGGGAGGGAUGGUUAGGUAAGUCUGAAAUUUGUAGAGCAGCUGGCAGGUAGAGUAGUCUGAAAACUCUUGAGCAGGAGCUGGCACUGCAGUCCAUAAGUACAAUUUUUUCUUCCUCAGGGAAACCUUUGUGGUGCUCUUAAGGCCUUUCAAGUGACUGGAUCAGGCCCACCCAUAUUAUCAAGGAUAAUCGUUACUGAAAGCAACUGAUUAACAUCAAUCAACAAGAUGUUAAAAUAUCUACAAAAUUCUUUCACAAUAACACUUAGGUUAGUGUUUGAUUGAAUAACUGAGUACUGUUGCCUAGAGCCAAGUUGACACAUAAAAUUAACCAUAAAAUUGUCAACCUGGUACCCUAUCCAUCUCCUUAAACUAUACUUAUAAGGACAAUAACAAAGUCAUACUUUUGCCUAAAUGAUACAGAUAUUCUUUGUACAACUGAAAACAGGUUAACCAUUUAUCCAGAAUGGUAUGCAAAGUCCUUGGGUGAUGUUCACUUAUUUUCUUGAUAUCCUGUAACUUAAAUGCUACAGUGUAAAGAUAACUAUUAACGUGUCUUAUAUUAGAUGAUAAGGAGAUGAGAGAGAAAUAAAAACUUGCUAAAUAUAUAUGUAUACAGACAUGAUGGUGAGAAAUUAAGAAAUAAAUACUCAUAAAAUUA